UGGCAGUUAGAUAGGGCGUACGACGGUGUGGUGCGGUGUCAGUCCGGCUGGGUAUCGGGUAUUUAGUUAUAAAAACGGCUAACAGAAAUUUACGGUUCCUAAUAUUCCGGAAAGUGCCAAGGUGCCGGUCGCUUCUGAAAUCUUCGCCCGUAAAGUGAGAGUGCACCAUGAAGGAAUACACACAAGUAACGCUGCCAAACUAUUCGUACAUUUUCAAUUUCGAGUCUGAUUUCAUUCACCAAGAGACCCGCACGUGGAUGCAGGACAAUUGGACCUUAGGAUUCUACUAUGUUGGUAUUUACAUGGUGCUCAUCUUUGGCGGUCAGUACCUUAUGCAGGGCCGACCUAAAUUCGAGCUCAGGGGUGUGCUAGUUUUGUGGAACACACUGUUAGCCACGUUUAGUAUAAUGGGGGCAUGUAGAACGGUACCCGAGUUUCUGCACACUCUUACCCACCACGGACUGUACCACUCAGUAUGUAUUCCUUCUUUCAUUGAACAGGACAAAGUUUCUGGUUUCUGGACGUGGAUGUUUGUAUUGAGUAAACUUCCAGAAUUGGGUGAUACCAUUUUUAUAGUGCUUAGGAAACAACCCCUGAUCUUCCUCCACUGGUACCACCACAUCACCGUUUUGUUGUACUCUUGGUUCAGCUACACCGAAUAUACAGCUAGUGCCAGAUGGUUCAUCGUUAUGAACUAUUGCGUCCAUUCUGUGAUGUAUUCGUAUUACGCUUUAAGGGCUAUGAGAUAUAACCCCCCUAGGCAGAUCGCUAUGCUUAUAACUUCUUUACAGUUGUUACAAAUGAUCAUUGGCUGUGCUGUAAACUUAUGGGCGAGACAACUUUUACAAAACCAGGCAGAGUGCCACAUAACUCCGUUCAACAUAAAGUUGUCUAUUGCCAUGUACUUUAGCUACUUUGUAUUGUUCGCUAGAUUCUUCUACAAGGCCUACAUGUCUGGGGAGAGGAGAUCCAAAACGAGAAGCCCACCUGUUACUGCAGACUAUCCCUUGUUGAAAUCUAAAGUUCACUAAUUUUUUACAUUAGAUGUUUAAGAGACAUUCCGAAAAAAGUGUUAUUUUUGCUAAAUUUGGUGUUUGUGUGGAGGAAUUACCUCACCAUUUUUACUUCCAUAUUUUGUAAAAUGAAACUUAAAAGUUCAACUUAAUUAUUUGGGUUUGGUUGGAAAAUAAUGUUUUCCCAAUGUGGGUAGAGAUAUUAUUCCAAACGAUGUCACAAAACAAUGCCAAUGUAAAAAUUUUAUUACUUAAUAGAGUCGUCAAAAUUUUAUUAAAAUUAAAUUCGGUUCAGUCUGUUUUUUCAAAGUAACUGCUGCAAAUUUAAUAAUCUAUUAUUCAUCUACUGUUUAAGUAGGUAUUUGCUAUUUAAAUGUCAGGUAUUACCAAAUCUAUUACCUGUUAUCUACAUGUUGUAUUACUACCUUUGUAAUCAGCAAGACCAAUUUUGAGAUAUGAGACUAAACAAAACUUCAGAAAUUUCAAAUACACUAAUGUAUGUCAGUUACGUUAUCCACAUUCUGUUGCUUAGAAUCCUGAUUAUAUAUAUUUUUUUGUAAAAAUUAUUAAAUAAUUGGUAUUAUUGGCAAUUGGGCAUUUUUUAUAUUUAAGGCUUUUAUGCCAUUUUCUUUUAACGGAUACAUAAAUAGUAGCAAAUACAGAAAUAAAUUUUCUACUUUUACGUUGACUAACUGCAUAGGUAUUACAAAUAUUUUCUGACAAUACCUAUUGAUUAUUCCAAGCGAUCUAAAUUAUGUUCAUCGUAACAGUAAUUUAUGUGCUUUCCAAAUUGUAGAUAAAUUUUAUCAAUAUAUUACACCACCUUUGGCAGUAUAUUUACUUUAUUGCCAGUAGAAAAAUACCAACCAAAAAAAUAAUUUUUAGAAAGCAACAUGCUUAUAGUUUGUUUUGUGAUGUCAAAUAUAAGAUGAAGCGGUUUUCUAUCAGUAAAACUAGUCAUUAGUUUAUAUGUUACAUUAAGUUUUUUGUUGACGAUAGAAUGAUAUAUACUUAUUCACUCAAUAAGAAAUUUUAUAAUUUUUUUAAAAUAAUUAAAAGUAUUAUAUCCAAACGGUGAGUAAAGAUAUAAUGGCAAAAAUGCUUAUGAAAUCACAUUUGUACAAGUUUAAAUUAUUUUUUAUAUAUAAAAGUUUAUUAUUUUUAAUAACUUGUUAUACAAAUAGAGCUAAUUUAAAUUAUGUCAUGUUUUUAUUUAUUGAUACACAUUUAUAUAUAGUUAUCAUUAAUUUUAUAAAAUAUUAUUAAACUGCAAGUAGAAACAUUCUCAAUAAUUUGAGAACAGUGAAUUGUAAACAAAUAUACUGCUGAUUAUGGUAAUUACGGUUUGUUUUUAUAAUUAUAUACAUAUUGUAAAGGUACCUGUUUCUUGAAAAUUGAAUUGUGAAUUUAUUGGUUACUGAAAUUAAAUAAAAAUAAAACUUAACUCA